ACCUAGCCAGACCCGUUUGGCAUCUCAGUACACCAACACUUCAGCCAGAAAUAUGGUGAAUUUUACAGUAGCUUUUGCGGUUUUCAUGCUAUGCGCUUUCGGCAUGACGGAGGCGGCCGUGUACAUUGGUGGCGGAUGUUAUGAUUGUAAUCCGCCCGGUGGUCAAGGGCCAGGCAUAUACACAGGCGGCGGUGGCCGCGGCAAUGGCGGCGGCGGUGGCCGCGGCAAUGGCGGCGGCGGCAGCUACUACAACCCUGGAGCCGGUGGCGGCGGCGGCAGCGGACGUCCGGUUUACUCGGGAAACUUUGGACCAAAUGGUUAUAAUGGGGGAGGUGGAGGCGGGCGCUAUAGCAACGGUGGCGGUGGCGGUGGCGGUGGCUACGGUGGGGGUGGUGGCUACGAUGAUGGUCUGACGCAAAUCAUAAGCGGCUAAAAUCAGCUUAGUUUUUAAAAAAAUAUCUGUACAUAAAUAAAAACAAAAACAAAUGUGA